AUGCUAGCAGCAGUGGACGUUCAUGGCAAACUGACCAUCCGCCUCCACAAAGCGACCAGCGACAACAACACCUGGAUUGGGGUCAUCGACGACGGCAUCUCAGCCAGCGAUGACAGUCUAGGGGCCCUGUACUAUGUGGUGGCGGUCAUCCUCAUCUACGGCAUGUCCAUCGUCAUGAUGAUCGCCUCACACAUUCGCAAGAACAAGCAGGACAACCAGUUGAGAAACUACCUGAAGGAAAUGGCUAAACUUCGCAAAGAUGACAGAAGAGAUCAAGUUCUGAGUAAGAUGACGGACCUGGCCAUGAGGCGUCAACAGGAGGAGUGUAAGCAGAAGCUGCAGGAGAAGCUCAAGGACACAUCUAUGGACAGUGAUGCUGACAGUGAGACCAGCCAGCUCGUGCAGAAGGUGCCCAGGGAGGACACCGCAGACUCGUCGUUUCUCUCUCCCGAUUAUUGCAAUUCGCCAGAGUCCACAUCUCCGCUAUCCGACUCCCGAUACACAUUUGUGCCAGAAAGGACUCGAACCCCGAGCUUUCAUGAAUACAGAAAGUGGAAGAGAAAGGGCAACCGAUCUCAAAGCUUGCAGGACUACAAACAAGUCCGAACACAAGGGCGACAAUCGAAUAGUCUCUAUGAUCACAGGGCAGUGUUCAUCUACACUGACAAACGAUCCACCAGCCAGAACGAACUUCGCCUAUCUCCACUAUGUUCACGUGAGCGUUCCAGCGCUGUGCACGAAACUCACCCUUUCCGCUGGUACAAUCCAAAACUAUCACCUGCAGCAGGUAGUGCCAAGUUUCACAAAGUUUCUGUGAACAAACAAUCCAAGCAGACAUGCGAGAUCAGAAUAAAUUUGCCCGCCAACUUUCAUAUUGUGGACGAAGACGGAGUAUUAUGA